UAUCGCUGAUACACUUGGUUUUUUGCCCAUCGCAUUUACUUAAAAAACCAUGUCUUACUCCUAAAAAUCCUUGCGAUAAAAUGGCGCUUAAGAAUUCUAAUAUGGAUUAUCUGUAAUAACAUUACGUUUCUCAUCCUCAUACGUAUUCCUGAAAGUCAGUAAUUGGAGUAAACUAUUCCGUAUAAAUGGGCGAUGUGGAUCCUGCACAACGGGAUAGCACCAUCCUGUCGGAACAGCUGCCACAAGCAGGACUGUACACAGUGCUGACCUUAAUCUUAAGUUUACCCGUGCAGCAAUAUUCAUGGACUGCUUUAUUCGAUCGGCCCAGCGUCAAAACAUCGGCCAUUGCGAUAGGAACGCUAAAAGUGCUCUUUAUUCUACAAGCCAUACAUUUAGCCGGACUAUGUAUCGAUUUCGUGUUCCAAGAAAUAAAAGAACCCGGGAUCCCCGAACCUCCGAUUUAUUGGCUAGUACCAACCGUCAUUACGUGCGGAAUCGUUUUGAUGGUAACCAAAGACGCAGCCGCCAUGUCGCAACAUACAUUCAUCUCGCUUAUAGCCGCAGCCAUACCUGCCAUUCUUAUCACCGAAGUAGGCACUAUGCCCCAGCUGUUUGAAUCCGCAGAUCUGCAUGUCCUUUGUAUAUACUUCGUAUCGCUAAUUGCUAUUUUCUGGAGUGACGCAAAAUGGCUUGUUCCUGGAAGUGACUUCCUGUUGAGUAAAGUGCAAGUGAAGAAAUCUGGUAAUCUUGCUGUGAAGAAGAGUGCGUCGCGGAAGUUCGAAUCGGCAACUACUAUUACGACUACUACUUCACGCAGCACAUCAAGCCUAUCCACUAUGCCAAGCGAUUCCACUCUUCGAACUCUCGAGUCCAAUAGUUCCCAUGACUUAGGUCGACGGCACUGAAAACUGGACAAAACCAUUUUUCUUAUUCAACAAUUUACUGAAGAAAAAACCGGUUUAUGAUAACUUUGAGUUUAUGGUAAAUUAGUUUCUGGACAGUACUGUAAGUAAACAAUUACUUGAACUUAAAGCAUCCUUUCAGAUUAGUGCAUGACGGCACGAGAGUAAAGUUUGCACUUUGCAAAUCGUUUCUUUUGUCGCUGGCUUGACCGAAAUGCUUCCGGGCUUGGAUGAACUAGACAAGUGCACAAUGUGCGUAUAACACAUAAAUAAAGUAACCUCCAAUA